GUACCGGUAUUGCACUUGUCUGUUCACUCCAACUCAUCGAAAACCCAUUCGUUAUACUCUCAACCAUCUCCUAUGUCAUACACCACAUUCGUUCAACACCGGUCUCAACCUAAAACCCAGAAUGCAUCUCGUUCAUGUCUCAUUUGCAAUUUCUCGACAAAUAUCCCUCCUUCAUUCUCAUGCAGUCUUGCCCCUUCAGACACAAAGCAAACACCUCAUCUGUCCUGUCCCGAGGUCCACCAGUUCCAGGAUACCUACCAUUCGUUUAUCUUCCAUACUUGGCUUACAGGAAGCGCCUUGCAAUAGGUUAG